UCCAAACGGUCGUGCGCGUAACACGUGUUAUACUGCGCUCGGCCCGCAAGCAUUGCGGUUCUGUGUUUCGUGUCUACAACAGUUAAGCGCAUUCGGCUGCGUGGCGGAUUCGCGACUGAACAGAAAAUAAAGCAUUAUAAUAAUGCUUAAAUGCAUUGACAAUACAACAGAGUUUUAUAAAAUGUUACCGGAUAUAGAUAAAAAUAAGCCUGAAAAACAACCAAUAGUAAAAAUGGCUGGUUAUUUGGAAAAAAAAGGUAGAAUGAGAGUAGUUGGCGUUCGUCGUUGGAAAAAAAGAUGGUGUGUACUUGAAGGAAAACUGUUGCUGUACUUUAAGACUCAAUUAGAGUACUCUCAUCAUUUGUCACCUUGCAGCGGUUCAGUCAAUAUGGGACUUGUAUUGUCUAUAACACCAAGGGGUCCGUGUCAACUUCAAAUUGUCACUAGAUCUCAAAUUAUAAUCUUUAGAACGAAAUCGAAAUCAGAACAAGAUGAAUGGUUUGUUGCUUUGCGUGAUGCUAAAAAUAACAAUCAGAGUUAUACUAAACCUAAAGAUAAAAAGUCAUCCAUUAUGGAACUACACCGUCGGAUGUCUAACCGGAUAUCCAUGGAGGUCAAUAAUUUUAAUUACCAUAUCAUUAACGAAAAUCACUUGCGGUAUGGUAGAUCGUUACGAGAUUCGUUUGAUGACAUAUUCUUCGAAGUGGGCAAGAAAAACGGUCUUCAUAUUAUGUCGAACAGGAGAUCAUCCGCUUUGCGAAAAUCCGAAUCUGACAAUCGAAUCAGUUUUUAUAAAGAGAUGCAUGGCCUCGUACGAACUAACACUAUAACGGUGGCAUCUCCUGUGAUCAGCGAAAAGGAGUCUUGUCGUUCUAGAAGUUUGUCAUACGAAAGCAUUUACUUUAAGCCACAGGAAAAAUAUACGUCGAUUGAACCCGCGAAAUCACAAAGCUGUAGAGAACUUAUGCCGAAUGUCGUGCAUCGAGUAUCUAAGAAAUGCAUGAACAAUAGUGUAUCGAAAAGAAUGAGUAGGUCGGUAUCGUUCUUCCAAAAACGUUGUGAAGAUUCCGAUUCAGACGACUAUGAUUACAUCGAAAUAGAUGGUAUCAAGCAAAAAUAUUCGAAACCAAUGACAAAUAUCAAAGAGUUGGAACAGUAUCCUAAGUUGCCACCUCGAUUAGUUGAAAAAAGAGGAGAAAAAACCACGUUAUUGUCGACUGAUACACAGUCCAAAGAAUUUCCUAACCAUGAAAAAAAUGUAGACGUAAUAUACUCCUAUGUAAAUAAUGACCGUAAGAUGAAAGUUUUGACAAGUGACUCAGAUUUAAUACUUGAAUCCGGAACUGAACAAUCGGUUGAAGUAGAAGACGAGCCACCUCCAUUGCCUAUAAAAAAAAAAUAUAAACCAGAAACAUUUGAAGAGAAAAAACAAUAUAAAAUAGUUGAAGGUGCUUACGUUUUUGAAAAUGGCAACAAAGAAGUUAUUUACGACGUUCCUAUUCCUCAUGGAAAACUCAUUGAACAAUUUCGUCGGUUGUCCGUAGCCCGUUUAUCACCAGUUAAGCGUUAUGCGGAUAACACUAUCUAUGAUGAUUCAUUGGAGUCAUCGCUUUACGAAACAUUGCAAAUGACACCUGAUUCGCUGGAAAUCGCAACAAUGUUUCCUACGUAUAAAAGAUGGUCAAACGAUUCUGGUUUCAAUUUCGAUGAACCCAAUUCCUUUUCACCUGAUCAAACUCAUUUUGAGGAUUCAUUGGAGCCGGUCAUAGCCAUGAUAAAUCAUGAUCGCAAAAUAUGGAAAAACGUGCCAAACAUCAACUCAACCGACUACUUCCGUUGACUAUAUAUUUUAUAAAUUGUUCAAACCUUAUUUACUAAAGAUAAAAACCAUGUGAAAAUAUUUCCGUGUAUGUGGAAUUUUUUCCCGUAUACAGAAAGUUUUAUUUCAAGAAUACAAUUUGACGUCCGUACACGGAAACUAAUCGUAUGGAUUGUUCGUAUACGGAUCCGAUUCGAAUGAUUUCAAGAAUAGACUCCCUGGUAAUG